AUUCGUUGUCGUUCGUCGUCGUCGUGACAAGUGUUGAAGAGAAAAAUUGUCUAAAGAAAAAAAUUGUUUUCUUAUUUAUAAAAUUACAAGCUUAAAAUCUAAUCAAAAAUAUUAAAAACCAAAAGAAUACUAGAGAAAAACAUUGAAAUUUUCUAGAAAUCUCAAUAAAUAAACUUCAAUUGUGUUGCAAAGCUUAAGAAAAUAUUGAGUUAUAAAACUAAAAAAAUAUCAAGCGAAAAUAAAAAUAAAAAUAAUUUCCAACAAUUAUAAAGCAAGAAAAUUGAUAAAAAAAAAGUUGAGGGCUAAAUAAGAAGAAAGUAAAAUAAAGAAAAAAGAUGGAUUCUGAAAAUGAUAACGAUCAACCGAAUUCGUCAUCAGCUUCGGCAUCGUCGAGUAGUAGUAAUAAUAGCAGUAGUAGCAAUCUUUUAGGCCAUUUGCCAAUGUUACCAUUUAUGAGAUCAACGGACGAUGAUGAACAGGAGGCAGAUGGCGAGGCGGAUGGCAAUGAUGAUGAUUUAAAUGAAGAACCGAUGCCAUUACAACCACCCGUAACAGUGGCAAUGGCAACGGCAGCUCAACCAGCAUCAGCUUCAGUGCAACAGCCAACCUUGGCUCCAAUUACUACUACUACAAGUUCUAGUUCUUCUGCUAUAACAACAGCAGCAGCAACAACAACUGCCGCCUCAACAUCGGCUGGUAGAGAGGAGCCAAUGCAACAACAUCAAGCUUCACCAGCACCACAAGCACAAUCAAUACAACAGCCAGCUUCAUCCAUAGAAUCAGCGUCAUCAUCAUCAUCCGCAACAUUGCAGCAACAAUUGGCGGCGGGUCAGUCCCAGCAAGAGCGUGGAGAGCAGCAGCUGACUGCUCAAAUAAAUCGUAACGAUAUUGCUGAUACAAUUGAUGCUUCGGCUGUCAUUGUACAACCAUUAGAAGCGAAUGCUGAACAUCAACAACAUCCUCAUCUUUAUCCGCAGGAGGCAGCUAAUAGUGGUGAAGAAGUAGAAGUAGAACAGCGGCAAAACGAUAUUCAUUUAGAUGACAACGAUAAUAACGAUUUCGAUGUGGAUUUAAAUUUGCGAAAUGACGACGCUUUAGCAACAAAUCAACAGCAGCAGCAAGAACCGCAACAACAACAAUCUAUUCCUUUAGAUACUUCCGCUUCAGGUUCAGCUGGUCCUUCAUCAUCGGGACAACAACAGCAGCAGCAACAAACGCCACAACCACCAACAACACUGCCGUUAUUGCUUCAACAGCAGCAACAACAACCACAACAAACGGAAGAAUCUAAACAUUUACCGUCCUACGAUCAUCAUUAUCACAAUCCACGUGAAUUUCAUUUACACGCUCAUCCGUAUCAACAUCCUUGUGUUUACCCUUACGGAUAUCGUUCAUCAUCACCGACACACAAUCAACAACAACAACAACAGUCGAACGGUGCCACCCUGAAUAGCAGCAACAAUAAUAUUAUGUUUGGCACCAGCAUGUCAUCAGAUCGUAAUCACGGUUCAUCCACAUCUGGUGGUCUAGGCGGUGGCGGUAUUGCCUCUAGCCCUAAUAAUCAAGUUGUCGAUCGUCUAAAGUUAUUGUAUCCAAAUGUCAAUGAAAACGAAACACCAUUGCCGCGUUGCUGGAGUCCACAUGAUAAGUGUCUAUCGAUUGGAUUAUCGCAAAACAAUUUACGAGUUCAUUUUAAAGGUAAACAAAGUAAUGAUGCAGCUUCAGUACGUACUGCACAUCCCAUACCACCAGCUUGUGGCAUCUAUUAUUUUGAAGUGAAAAUUAUAUCGAAAGGCAAAAAUGGUUAUAUGGGUAUUGGUUUAACAGCUCAACAGUUUCGUAUGAAUCGUUUACCAGGUUGGGAUAAACAAUCUUAUGGUUAUCAUGGUGACGAUGGUAAUUCAUUUUCAUCAUCUGGUCAUGGUCAAUCGUAUGGUCCAACUUUUACCACAGGCGACAUUAUUGGUUGUUGUGUGAAUUUCGUUGAUAAUACUUGUUUUUAUACAAAGAAUGGCAUUGAUUUGGGUAUAGCUUUCAGAGAUUUACCGACAAAACUUUACCCCACGGUUGGAUUACAGACACCCGGUGAAGAAGUUGAUGCUAAUUUUGGACAAGAGCCUUUUAAAUUCGAUCAAAUUGAAGACAUGAUGAAACAAAUGAGAGGUGAAAUAAAAGCCGCUAUAUACGAUUUUCCAUUGCGUGCUGAGCAAGGAGAUCCCACAACACUUUUACAAAAAAUGGUUAAUUCAUAUUUGGUGCAUAAUGGUUACAGUCAAACAGCUGAAGCGUUUGCUAGACAAAAAACAGGACAAAGUCAAAGAGAAGAUAUAACCUCCAUACGUAAUCGUCAAAAAAUAUUAAAAUUGGUCAUGUCUGGCAAAAUGGGUCAAGCUAUAGAACAGACUAUGCGUAUGUAUCCUGGUCUAUUGGAGAAUAAUAAAAAUCUUUGGUUUAUGCUAAAGUGUAGACAAUUUAUAGAAAUGAUUAAUGGUUCCGAUAUUGAGUACUGCCCUUCUUCUUCAACUGCUAAUAAAACUACUAAUACAAUAACAACACAAACUUCUGCUCCAAAUCAAACUUCGGUCAUACAAUCUACAAAAUUGUAUCAGAAUGGUAACGGUGGAGCAAAUAACAGCAGUAAUGGUAGUGGAACUACCGAUGCCUCUACAUCAACAACAACAACAACAGCUUCAUUAGCAGUCGUAGAUGCGACAGCUGAUACUACCAACACCACCACGAACAACAGUUGCAGUACAACUCAAACAGCAGCAAUUGAUACAAUAAAUAUUGCACAGAACUUAAGCCACAUAACUGUGAUAAAUACAGAUAAUGAUAUAAAAACUCAUUCUAAUUUAGUUGAGCAUUGUUCAACCUCCAAUGAUUCUCCCACAACAAUAAGUAAAAGUAAUAACGAUAAUGACUAUUUAAAUGAUGUGGAAAUGGAGAAUAAUGGUCAUACAACAAAUGGUAACGUUUGUAAAAAUGGCAAUACAAAUAAUUUCAAUGAUUCUAUAGAUGCCGAUGAAGAUAUGGAUGUGGAUGUUUUACCCUCAGUAAGAAAAUAUAGUCAUGGUAUUGAACGUAUUUUAGAAUUUGGUAAAGAUCUCUCACAAAUGGGCCAACAAUUAGAGAAAGAAAAUAAAAUGACUGAUGAAGAGAGGCAAAUGUUGGAGGAUGCAUUUAGUUUAAUUGCCUAUUCAAAUCCUUGGGCAAGUCCUUUAGGCUGGCAAUUAUGCCCAACAAAAAGAGAGACUGUUUGUAGAGCUUUAAAUUCAGCCAUAUUAGAAUCAAUGAACUUUUCCAAAUGGCCACCAUUGGAAUAUUGUGUUGCCCAUGCCAAUGAAUUACUCAAGGUUAUGGCUCAAGCUUCCAUAGGCGCUUGUGCUUUUGUCAAUAUUGCUGAUGUGUUUCCAAAAAAUUGACCUUCUCAGCCUUAGCUAAAGAUGUUUGAACGUUAUCCCUUUUUCGGCCUCAAGUUAAAUCAACGAUCGAUUUUUGCCACCAACACUUGUUUAACACGUAAAACAUCUAUGGCCCAUAAAACUACUGCAACAACAACAACAACAGCACUUUCAACUACUUCCAAUUGUUCUAUUUCUCCUCCUACAACUUCUACAACUACUCCUCAAGCCUUCUAAAUAAGGAAAACUGAAAGGAAAAAAAAACAUGAAUAAUCGAAACAACAAAUUAGUUUGUCAUUUUGUAUGUUAUUAUUAUUAUUUAAAGCUUUUCUUUGUUGUUAACAAAAAAAUAACACAUAAAGAAAAUACGAUUUUUUUUUAAUUUAUAAUUUUUUUAUUUUAGAAAUUUUUAUUAUGGAAACGAAAAUAAAACUCCAGUGGCAAAAAUGAUUUUUCUCAACAAGA